CCUGCAGCUCGCCGCGCCGCGCCCCUGCCGCGGUGCCCGCCGGGAGUUGUAGUUCGCGCGCCGCUGCGCCGCGGCCGGAGCAGCGCCGGGAGGCCGCGCGCUGCCCGGGCGGCCCCGGGCAUGGCGGAGGCGGCUCCGUGAGGGCGCCUCAGCAAUGACCUCCGGCCGCUGCUCGCCCUCCUCCUCCUUCCGUGUGGCUUUCGCUGAGUGCCGCCGCUCCGGGCUCCUGCAAGCAGCAGAACUGAAAGCCUCACAAGACAGCGAUGGCUUUUUCUCUGGAAUUUGAAUAUGGAGGCCACGGGGACAGAUGAAGUAGAAAAGAUCAAAUCAAAGUUUAUGUCUGCAUGGCACAACAUGAAGUACAGCUGGGUGUUGAAAACAAAAACUUACUUCAGUAGGAACUCUCCAGUUUUUCUGCUGGGAAAAUGUUACCACUUCAAAACUGAGGAAUCUGGGGAGCUCUCUACAGAUGGGUCCAAUUUUGAUAAAAUCAGCACUGAGAUUUCAGGGAACGUCGAGGAGUUCCGCAAAGAUUUCAUUUCUAGGAUCUGGCUGACCUACAGAGAGGAAUUCCCUCAGAUCAAGGGCUCUGCUUUAACCACAGACUGUGGCUGGGGCUGCACGCUCAGGACGGGGCAGAUGCUGCUGGCUCAGGGUCUGAUGCUUCAUUUCCUUGGGAGAGCCUGGGUGUGGCCAGAAGCCCUGGACAUGGAGAGCUGUGACUGGGAGUCCUGGACCAGCAGCACCGUCAGGAAGCUCACGGCCUCCUUGGAGGCGUCGCUGACGGCCGAGAGGGACCCCAAGGUGCUGGCCCGGCCCCCUGCCAGGAGGGACUGGGAUGGCACCGAGAAGAGGAAUGAAGUUUAUCACAGGAAAAUCAUCUCCUGGUUUGGUGACUCCCCUCUGGCAGCCUUUGGGCUGCACCAGCUGAUAGAGUACGGGAAGAAGUCCGGGAAGAUGGCGGGGGAUUGGUACGGGCCCGCCGUGGUCGCACACAUUUUGAGAAAAGCUGUUGAAGAAGCAAGAGACCCUGAGCUGCAAGGAGUAACAGUCUAUGUUGCUCAGGAUUGUACAGUCUACAGCUCGGAUGUCAUUGACAGGCAGUGCUCCUUGGUGGAUUCUGGAAAAGCAGGCACAAAAGCUGUCAUUAUCCUGGUUCCUGUGAGGCUCGGUGGGGAGAGAACAAACACAGACUACCUGGAGUUUGUAAAGGGAAUUUUAAGCCUGGAGUACUGUGUUGGCAUUAUUGGUGGCAAACCCAAGCAAUCCUAUUACUUUGCAGGAUUCCAAGAUGACAGUUUGAUUUACAUGGAUCCUCAUUACUGCCAAUCUUUUGUAGAUGUCAGCAUAAAGGAUUUCCCUCUUGAGUCAUUCCACUGUCCUUCUCCCAAAAAGAUGUCCUUCAAAAAGAUGGAUCCGAGCUGCACAAUAGGAUUUUACUGUAGGACUGUGCAGGACUUUGAGAAGGCUUCUGAAGAAAUCACCAAGAUGCUGAAAUCUUCAUCCAAGGAGAAAUAUCCCCUGUUUACUUUUGUCAAGGGUCAUUCUAGAGACUAUGACUUUGCUUCCAGUCCACUCCAUGAAGAAAAUGACCUUUUCUCCGAGGAUGAAAAGAAAAGACUGAAGAGAUUUAGUACAGAGGAGUUUGUCUUGCUUUAAGGACGUUUUACACAAGAGCAUCGGCAGCUGUCCGGGAGAACACUUGCCUUUUAACUCCAGAAAUUGUACCCGAAUUCUUUCCCCAAAAAGGCAAGCCUGUACUGAAAUUGGUCUAUUUUCAUAAAGAUGAUAAUGUUUUAUAUAUUAAAAGUCUUCAGAUGUCAGUUACUAAUGUAUGUGCUAAUUAUUUGUGCUGACUGCUGGCUGGAGGAGUGUCUGUGCCGUUGUGGUAGUGAAGGGAGAUGCUGGGGUGGUUUUUCCAGGGGUGUGGAGACCUCCACGUUCCCGUCUGCAGCACAGCUGGAGUUGUCCCCUUCCCACAGGAACAAGUCCCAGUUCCCACAGGAACUGCCCCACCAGUUCUGCCACCCUGCCACCAUCCAGAGCAGCUCCUCAGGAGAGGUGAGGUUGAUGGAUCAGGAGCCACUGGCGCUGGCAGUCCUGCAAUAAUUAUAUAGGCUGAAUUGGGAGUUAAGAUACUAUUUAGCAGUAUGACUUUCUAAUGGUUUCUCAUUAAGCUUGCUUUGGAGCCUUAAUAUGAGGAGUGAAGAUAAAGUAUUACCUUUCCCCACAAUUUUUAAAGGUUAUACUAUUAAUAUUAACUGCAACCAAUCAAAGCAGCUGGAGACAAUUAUUAGAAGAGAGCAGUGUUUGUUUCCUGUUUCAGCUACUGUAAUGGUGAGGCUUCUCCUGCCAGAGCAGCUUUUAAAUCAAAGCCAAGGGGGGUGGAUGUGGAAAAUUCUGGGCUGUGAUGAUUUUUUGUUUUGAUACGUGUCGUUGCUGUACAAAUGAUUACUUGGUGGUGUGUGUUCUCAGAUUGCAAACAAAUGUACAGAAAUAGUUUCAUGUUUUAACAAAGUAAAUACAAUAUUUAAAAAACCAUAUUAACGCUGCUUGGGAAAUAAAAGAGGUAUGAAAACAUGAA